GUUGACUCCAUCCCCUGGCGGCCUCGGCUCUACUUCCUGCCUGCCAUAACUUUACUGUACACAACACAGCAGGACAGCGUUCGUACGAGCGGCUCAUCUCACCUGAUGAACACAAAGCUGCCUGGGGCUGAUCAUGACACAGCAGGAGCAGCAGGAGUUCAUGGAGAGCCUGGAGGCUGCCCUCUCCUGGAUGCAGGCCAUCCAGGAGAGGCUGAAAGCCAACGACAACACCCAGGGGCCCCGUGAUGCCCUGGAGGCCCGACUCAGGGAGACAGAGAAAAUCCACCAGUCGGAGCACGAAGGCCGUGUGAAGAUGGACAUGGCGCUGGUGGCAGCGGAGAACCUUUUGCAGAGUGGAGAUGAGGAGCUGAGGAACCACACCCACGCUAAGCUCAAAGAUCUGAAAAGCCAGUGGGAGGAGACCUGCACCUACAUCAUCCACUGCCACAGUCGAAUCGAGUGGGUGUGGCUUCACUGGAGCGAGUACCUGAAGGCUUACGAAGAGUUUGAGCUGUGGCUGACGAGGCAGCAGCGCAGCCUGGAUGUUGGCGUGGAGCUGCAGCUCGGGGUGAAGGAGAAGCUGUGGCAGGUGGACCAGCAGCGGGUGGUGGUGAGCGACAUCCACGGCCAAGCUGCGCUGCUGGAGAGGCUGCUGGACGAGGCAGCAGCGCUGCACAACAGAACCCAGGACCCCAGUGUGGAACCUCAGGCCCAGGAGAGGCUGCAGGAGGCCUACAACGAUGUCAGGGACAGAGCUGAGGAGCGCCUGUCGCUGCUUCAGAAAAUCGCUGAGGAGCACCAGACGUACCAAGUCUGCGUUCAGAAGUUCCAGUCCUGGCUGCUGUCAAAAACCAAGGAGCUAACUGAUCUGAUGGAGAGGGAGGACACAGCCGAGAACAAGCUCAAAGCCUUACAAGCUCUGGACGACAACGUGGCCGGCGAGGAGAAGACCCUCCAGGACAUCGAGGGUUUGGCCGAGGCCGUGAGGGGCAGCACCUCGCCCGCGGGGGCGGAGGUGGUGGUGGAUGAGGCCGAGGAGCUGAGGCUGGGCUGGCAGAGGCUGAGGCAGGGCCUGUGUGAGGCCGAGGAAGGCCUGCACUCCAGCCUGGACUCCCACAGUCAGUACGUUGCCAGGUGCCAGCGGCUGGGAGAGGACAUUGGUCGCCUCAGGGUGCUGCUGCAGGGGCUGGGCCAGGAGCUAGGCCAGGAGCUAGAGCCCGGAGCCAGGCCCCGAGAGCCUGGAGACUGCACUGACCACACUGAGGAGCAGAUGGUGGGCCAAUGGAGGAAAUACACGGGUGUGAGGAAUACUCUGGCAGGGGAGGAGUCCCAAGUGGAACUUCUCAAGGCUCAGCUCAAGGAGCUCUUUAGGUUCUCGGUGGACUCCCGGCACCUUUCUGACGAUGUCCUGGCUGUUGUCAAAGAGCAUCAGAGUGUCAAAUCCAGAGCGACCAGACUGUGUUCAGAGUCAGAGUCAGGGCUGAGAAACAUCCUCCAGGACCCGCUGCUGGUCUACGCUCAGUGGAGCCACAUGGUCUCUCAGGUGCUGGAGGCUUCUGCUGAGGUCACAGACUUCUCCCACAUCGCCAUGUUGGUCCAGAACAUAGAGCGUCUGCUGAAGGACAGUGUCCAGCUGCAGGAGCGUUUCGGUCAGCUGCAGGUGAAAGGAGACCUGCUGGACUCUGUGUUCGGUCCUGAGAGGUCAGACGGUCUGCAGGGCGAGCUGAGCGCUGCCAUCAAGAACAGAGAGCUGCUGCACACUCAGCUGCUGCAGAGGAAGAGCAGGCUACAGGGCUUAAUCUCAAGGACCAAGGACUUCGGAGACACCUACGACUUGAUCCGCUCUAAGCUGGCCCACCUCCGAGACCGACUGGUGGCAGCGGACGGCCUCCAGCCUGACAUCCUGGCCAAGAAAAGUCAGUCAGACCAGUUCAGGGUGAUCCGGAAGGACCUGGAGGACUGUGAGGCCCACAUCACAGCGCUGGAGACUCUGGUCUCCUCCAGUCGGAGCAACAGGACUCAGUUUGAGAGGCUCUGUGCUGACUGGAAACAUCUACACAGUGCAGUCACGGUGAAGGUGCGCGAGAGUGAGGAGAGCAUUGCAGAUCACGAGAGCUUCCACGACAGCCUGCUGAACAUAGAGAAGUGGCUGAUGAUCAUGAGGCAGAAGCUGGAUUCCUUUCACGCCCCCUCGGGAGAGUGGAGCAUCGAGGGGCGCCAGCACGAAGCACAGAGAGCACUGGGAGAGUUUCCCGAGAAGGAGCUUCAGCUGCAGCAGAUGGAGGUCCAGGGUCAGGGAGUUUUGGAGCGGACGUCAGAGGAGGGGCAGGUCCACAUUCUGCGAGACAUGAAGCGGCUACGAGAGUCCUGGUUGGCCCUUUACAACAUGAGUCUCAAUCUCCAAAGCCUGCUGUACAGCUCCACAGAGCAGACGGAGCCUGCCUUAUGCAGGGUUGGAGGCCUGUCUUCUGACAGCACAUCCUUAACAACAGAGCUCAGUCUGGGGGAGGAGGACAGCGAGGUCAGGGCAAGAGGCUCCAGGAGCCAGAGAGGCCAACAACAACAACAGCAAGACCAGCCAGUAGAGGUGUAUGGAGCCUUGGGUAGCUCUGGACCCGGACAAGGAGGAGGCCUGGAGGGAGAGGCAAUGGAGGGCAUGAUGAUGGGGCAGGGUAGAUGGAUCCAGGGCCGUGCUGAAGGUCACUCCAUACUGGCUGGACAAGACGAUGAACAUUUGAGUCCAUCAAGGACAGACGAGGACUACUCCUUCAAAGGAGACGAAGUAGAUUCCUCUUCUUGGAGCAUUCGCAGCAGAACAAGCCAGGGUGUUUCCAAAGAUACCGUCGGGAAUCCUGACAGCUACAAAUCAACAGGGGGCGAGAGCAUCAUCUUGGUCGGAGACAGAGGGGGAGCAGCAUUAACCACAAAGGUCAGCUCUGGUGAGGGGGCAAGAAGCAUUUCUGGAGAGGGCAGUGUGGAGGCAGGGGAAGGUCUGAGCCCAGGAGGAGGAGGAGGAGGAGGAGCGUUCAUGCUGUUCAGGAGGGAUCCAGCCAAGCAACCAUCACCAACGGGGAGCGCGGGACACUACUCAUCCAGGUGGAGGGAGUUUGAGGCCUGGCUUUGCAAAGAGAGCGAACUCCUCUCAGGCAUCCUCAGCAAACAGGGAGCACCACUCAGUGCCAAAGAACUCAAGAUCCGACAGAACACGCUCAAAGCUCUGAGGGCAGGUGUGGCUGGGGGUCAAGCGCAGUUCCAGCUACUGCUCCAGGAAAGUGAGAGCAGGGAAGCUGGUUCUGGGUCGGCAGAGGAUGCGAGUCUGGAGGAACUCCGCUACCGCUGGAUGCUCUUCAAGUCCAAACUGAAGGACGCGGGAAACAUCAGGGCCUGGACCAAUGCUAAGAGAAUCCCAACCAAACAGGAGGAGCCGGCCACUGCAUCAAAGGUACAAAAAAAGCCCGGGCUGAUGCAGCGGGUGUGUCGGCUGGCUCUUCCCCUUUGGCUCCUCCUCCUGGCGCUGCUGUUCCUGGCCUUCCUGCUGCCCCUCAUGGACGAAGGCAACAGCUGCUCGCUCUCCAACAACUUCGCCCGAUCCUUCAACAUCAUGCUCCGCUACGACGGACCUCCGCCCACAUGAGAUGCCUCCUCACGACGGCUGAGUGAUGGACCACGGCUAAUGUAGGAAAUUGUUAACGGUACUACUUGAGAUCCCACAUUCCCCCAUGCCCUUUGAUCGCCAUGCAUGACCACAACAGACCACACAACCUUCCGUUCAACCUAAAGGCUGUGCAGCUUCAAACCACGUAUCCAUCCAUGCAACAAAUCUAAUACUCAUUUUAAAUACUACGAGUCUACAACUACUCAUAUCACUGUCUAACAGUUUUGCUAACACCGGCAAAUCAGUGACAUAGAUUGGAACUGGACUACAAAACCCAUGAUCAUUUUAAGAAUUUCCAAAAACUGUAUCUGUUUCAGUACCAUUUCAUCCCCAACAGUCUAAACAUGGUCGUCAGCUUAAGUUCUGUUCAUCAAAAAACUUCACUAGUAGACUCCAAAUCCCAUCAGCGUUUAUAAAAAUGAAUUUCAUGUUAUGACAAGAUAUUUUUUUCAUGUUUUAAUUCCAUCUUCUUUGGAAUUAUUCAGUUUUAAUAAGAAGCUUUUUUUUUUGCUGACAACAACAUGUCACUUUAAUGAGACAUCAUCACCUCCAUUAUGACACAGAAUUAACAAACCACAUUAAUAAAUAACUUAAUCUCAUUAAACUAGAAACCUUCCUUCAUUCUAAUAUGAUGAGCUGGUGUUUUGUUAUAGCUUGAAACAUAGACACGGAUCCAGUGAGUGGCUGGUUUGCAAUGAUUUGAUUUAGUUUUAUCUCAUGUUUGGGAAGAGAUGCAGAAAAACUAUCAUUCAUUCAUUCAUCCGAGUUUCUUUUUAUAACAGCAGACCAGCUUUUCAUCAUGUGAUGAUGAGAAACCUGCCUUGUUUUCAGUUUUGUAAGAGGUUUCCCGAUGAAGUGAUACGACGUCAUGACAAGAAAUGUUAUGUAACAUAACCUAUAAUAUUAUUUAAAUAAUGCUGAUCAUUUGGUAUGGCUCAUUAUAGCACAAAAAUAUCUCGUUACAACAUGAAAUCAUGAUCAUGGGAGACUUAGCAGACAUCUUGAAUACGGCCACAAUCAGGCCUAAAAUUCCAUUUGGCAGGGACUAAACAUGAAAGCCAUCAUCGUCCUUUCACUCAUAGAAAAGUUGACGAGACACAAAUCAAAACUUAUUCAGUACCACUGGCUCAGAAGGAGAGAAAUCCCUGCUUACAAACCUACUAUUAAUCCUCAUCAGUUGACUGGAGUUUAUUCUCGCCCUGGUGGUCACGUGUGAUUUAGAUCUAUAUUUAUAUACCAUACAUGACGCUGGGACAGACUCAGUCAACAGAGUCAAUCAGACCAUGGAUAUAAACAUAGAACAUACACCAGAGGAUCCACAUCCAAA